AUGUCUCAAGCACGUCCGGAUAGCAUUCCUGACGAUGCUAGGCCAUUCCCAGCACAAGCUGCCGACAUGGAAAAGCAGGGAGAACAGAUUUUAUCAGACGGGCCCCCAGGCAAGCAAUCAGCCUUCAAGAAUCUCGGGAUACUUGACCGGUUCCUUGCGUUGUGGAUUUUCCUCGCCAUGGUAAUUGGAAUCAUUCUUGGUAACUUUGUACCUAACACUGGGCCUGCCUUACAAAAGGGCAAAUUUGUAGAGGUGUCUGUUCCAAUUGCUAUCGGCCUUCUCGUCAUGAUGUACCCCAUUCUGUGCAAGGUUCGAUACGAGAGCCUGCAUCAUGUUUUCCGGACUCGUCAGAUUUGGAUACAGAUUGCGUUCAGCAUAUUCGUCAAUUGGAUUAUAGCCCCGUUCUUCAUGUUGGCAUUGGCUUGGGCGUUCCUGCCUGAUGAGCCGGAGCUGCGGCAGGGGCUGAUUCUUGUCGGACUGGCUCGUUGUAUUGCUAUGGUCUUAAUCUGGACAGGGUUAGCAGGAGGGGACGGUGAAUACUGUGCUAUCCUCGUUGCUGUCAACUCGAUCCUCCAAAUGGUUCUAUUUGCCCCUAUGGGGGUCUUUUUUAUUCAAGUUAUUAGCGGCGAUUCUGUCGCAUUUGAAUACUCCACUGCCGCGAAAAGUGUUGCUGUGUUUCUCGGGAUUCCCCUAGGCGCCGCGAUCCUCACGCGCUUCACCCUCCGAUGGGUUGCAAGCCCAAGAUGGUAUGAUGAAGUCUUUCUGAAAUGGGCCAGCCCCUGGUCAUUGAUCGGGCUCUUGUUCACCAUCCUGGUGCUGUUCGCUUCUCAAGGACGCCAAGUGGUGCAUCAGAUUGUCUCUGUUGUCCGGGUUGCGGCCCCUCUUAUUGUUUACUUCGCCGUCGUGUUCUUCGUGACUCUCUUCGUCUCAUAUAAGAUGGGUUUCGGGUAUAAGUUGUCGGCGACACAGAGUUUUACUGCAGCCAGCAAUAACUUUGAGCUGGCUAUCGCAGUUGCCGUUGCGACAUUUGGAGCGAACAGCAACCAGGCCCUUGCGUCCACAGUGGGGCCAUUAAUUGAGGUGCCAGUUCUGCUAGGGCUUGUCUACGCUGUGAAAGUUCUGGCAAAGCGGCUAGCUUGGAAAGAUUAG